AUGGAGCGAUUUUCAAACGUGAUAGCUAUCCCAGGUAUCCCUACAAGCCCACAAAGGCACAAUUUACUCUCUUUCCUUGCUACUGCUCAGGCGUUGCACCUCGAGUUUUUACCAAUUACAUGGCAAUCUGCUCGCCAGGAACUGGGCAUAGGCGCAACUUCUAUGGUCAAUGAAGCUUUUGCUGAUCUGCACACAAGCUUUGCGUUCAAACGCGUCCAGGAGGAGGCAAGAUUGGAAUCUAGCGAAGAAGACAUUUACCGUGUGUUGACCAACGAGAUCAUGGUUCAGUCAUAUCCGCCUAUCCGAGAACAUCAGCACAUCUCACAAUUACAAGGUCUUUGCUGGGAUAUCGAGACUGAUGGAAAGGUCUGGCCUGUCCUUCUGUUUGAGAAAUCGCAUUUGGGCGAUCUCUAUAACUUUUUGAAAACGGAUCUAGGAAAAGAACUAAGCGUUGAUGAACGGCUCAAGAUUUGUGAAAAUAUCGGAGAGGCCAUCUCAGAAAUGCAUUCCUACAAUGUCAUCCACGGAGACUUGAAACCAGAGAAUGUACUUGUCUACAAAGAUCGCACAGAUAUGUAUCACGUCAAAGUCAUAGAUUUUGGUUAUUCAACCAGAUAUACGGAAGACACACCUUCAGUUCAAGUGCCAAAGUCAGAGCCCUGGAAUGCGCCAGAGCACGACCGUCCCAAGCGUAUGUGGAAACCAUCUGAGGCAAAGAAAUUGGACUAUUUUUCUUUCGGCUUUUUAUGUCUUUGGAUCUUGUUCGAAGAACAUGUCGAGUAUGAUCACGAAGAAUCGGUGAGUACCCUAAUAGAGCUUAAACAGGAGGGAAAACUGCCAAAAGUUGCGCAGCAGCGAGUAGAAGCCGAAAAGUCUCUGAAUGAUGACAUGAAACGUGCUUUACAAAACUUCUUUGAGUCCACACUAGAUCAUGACCCAACAAAACGACAUCCGAGCAUCGGAGGGCUGUUCAAAGGACAAGUGGAAAGCCAUGGUCCGUAUCAGCAAGUGCAAGCGACAGCAGCUAAUUUCCCUGACACUGAGUUCAAGCUCGAGGCUUCUCUGGGCGAACUUUACACAUGUGACUACAGGGUUCGCUCAUAUAUCACGACCUGCCUUCAAGAGACAUUUGAUUCGGCAUCCGAAACUUCAGACCACACUUUGACGGCAAAUAUUGCAUUUCAAGUCGCACUUUGUUACAAGCUUGGGUUUGGUAUCAGCAGAGACGAAAGAAAGUCAGCAGAUGCUUUGCAGAAAAGCAACGAAAGUGAGAUCAAUUUCGAACACCUGAUUUCUUAUUGGGAAGAGAUGGAGGAAAAACGUUUUCGAGCGUCAGCUUUGAUGGCUUCGAGGGGUAAGCACCACCUUCAGUACAUCGACUUCGGCAUCCACUACUCAGAACAGAAGAUUUUACAGGAUGCGGAGCUACAGCUUCUUCAGGACAUUGCAAACAUAGAAUUGAACCUUGGGGCCCAAAAUGAGUUUUUGUUGUUCCUCAAGAACGCUCUAACGUCCCUUUACCAGACUCAAGGGCGAUGGAACCAGGCCGAGAAAAUCCUUAGGGAAAUCAUUCCUGCAAGUAUAAAUUUGCUCGGUAAACAGGCUACUUCUACGCAGGUGCUCAUGCUUCGCUUAGCAGCAAUGCUCAAGUUUCAAUGGCAGCUGGAUGAAGCCGAAGGAUUGGAGAAAGAGGUCAUGAGUACCUUUACAAUGACUCAUGGGCCAACUCAUGCUGUCACGAUGACAAGCAUUUCGAGAAUUGUAGGAACACUUGUUCACCAAGGUCGACUGGAAGAGGCCGAAAGGGAAGAAGCUCGAGUUUACAAAACGAAGAAACGUUUGAUGGGUGAUGAGCAUCCCUUAACACUUCUGAGUCUUAGCAAUUUGACCGUUCUCUUUUAUCUGCAAGGACGGUGGCGAAAGGCUGAAAAUUCAGCAAGGCGCGCUUGCAAGUUGAGUACAAGGGUCUACGGCUCGAAGCACGUCAACACUGCUCAAUGUGAAUCUAGUUUUGCUUCAUGUUUGUUGGAGGGAGGCCGGACGAAAGAUGCGGAGAAGAAGUUCAGAAAGGCCAUUAAAACGAUGGAACAAGUAUACGGCAAGAAUAAUCCUCGUAUGUUGUCAGUCAAGGGUCAUUUAGCCCGCACAAAAAGCUUGCAAGGCCAAUGGAAAGAAGCCGCGAAAUUGAGGGUGGAAAAUCUUGAAGUGAGCUCAAAGACUUUAGGCGAAGACCAUCCAACAACGUUGAAUCAGAUGAGCGACCUUGCAUCUACUUUACACGAUCAAGGUCAGUGGAGUGAAGCUGAAGCUUUGUUAACCCGAGCAUUUGAUUUAUCAGUAGGAAGACUGGGUCAAGAGAAUAUCAAUACGCUGAAUAUCAUGGCUAAUUUGGCAUCUGUGGUUCGGGAGCGGGGCCGGUUCGAGGAAAGCGAAAAGCUCCAAAAGCAAUUGUUGGAUGUCUGCAUGAGGAAAUUAGGUCCCAAAAGCCUAAUUACAAUAUCUUAUGAAGCACAUCUUGCAUUAACCAUAUGCAAACGUGGUCGGCUGAGCGAGGCUGAAGAAAUGUUCAGGCGAGUUCUGGAUGGUAGAGGGAGCAUGUUGCGUCCCGACCAUCCAGAUACAAUUACCAGCACGAUGGAUCUGGGAUCCACACUUUGGAAGCAGUGCCGUUUUGAUGAAGCUGGCAGCCUUUUCAGGAGAGUGAUAGCAGCCAGAGAGAAGAGCUUAGGCACAGAGCAUUCCGAGACAUUGAAAGGAAUGGAUCAUUUGGCAUUGACACUGUGGAAGCAGGGCUCGCUUCAAGAGGCUGAGGGUUUAGCACUUCAGGUACUGCAAACUCGAAUCAGAACGCUAGGCGAAGAGCAUCCUAAUACUUUGACGAGCAAGUUUAAUCAAGCAGUCAUGCGCUGGGAAAUAGGUGAUCAUGAACAGGCUAUCACAUUGAUGGAUACCUUUCUCGAGCCUUCGGGCAAAGUCUUAGGUUCAACACAUCCGUAUAUCGUCGGGGGAAUAAAAUACUUGGAGACAUGGAGGACAGCGCAGGAGCGCUCUGAUGAAAGCAAAAUUGCGCAGCCGGAAAAAUAUGCCCGAGAGGUGCAGGCGUCAGUGAUUGAAGCAAAUAAACCUGCGUGA